AUGGACGGGUUGAACUUUGAGAUGGUGGCUGGGUUGAGCCUGCGGACCCAGGGAGGAUACGCCCUCCUCUCACCCCAGGGAUACAACACUACACUAACCUUUUUUGGCUAUAACUUGUGUCAUGUAAAUGGAAAAAUGCAGCUGAAUACUGUGCUACCUGGAAUGGAGAUUUGCAAGGUGCUAAUGGGGAAAUUAAAAUUACAGCCUGAGGUGGGCAGACCCUGCGGCUGGAGCAAGGUUGAAACUGAGGAGCCCAUGGAGGUAGAAGAAGCAGCAAAAGAAGACAAAGAAGAAUCUGAUGAUGAAGCUGCAGUAGAGGAAGAAAAAGAAGAAAAGAAAUCAAAGACUAAAAAAGAAAGUGAUGACCCCAUGGCUUAUAUUCACUUUACCACUGAAGGGGAAGUUACCUUCAAAUCAAUUUUAUUUGUACCCACAUCUGAUCCACGUGGUCUAUUUGAUGAAUAUGGAUCUAAAAAGAGUGAUUACAUUAAGCUCUAUGUGCUCUGUGUAUUCAUCACAGACGAAUUCCACGAUAGGAUGCCUAAGUACCUUAAUUUUGUCAAGGGUGUGGUGUACUCAGAUGAUCUCCCCUUGAAUGUUUCCCUUGAGACUCUUCAGCAACAUAAACUGCUUAAGGUGAUUAGGAAGAAGCUUGUUUGUAAAACUCUGGACAAGAUCAAGAAGAUUGCUGGUGAGAAAUACAAUGAUAAUUUUUGGAAAGAAUUUGGUACCAACAUCAAGCUUGGUGUGAUUGAAGACCACUCCAAUCAAACAUGUCUUGCUAAACUUCUUAUGUUCCAGUCUUCUCACCAUCCAACUGACAUUACUACACUAGACCAGUAUGUGGAAAGAAUGAAGGGAAAACAAGACAAAAUCUACUUCAUGGCUGGGUCCAGCAGAAAAGAGGCUGAAUCUCCUCCAUUUGUUGAACGACUUCUGAAAAAGGGCCAUGAAGUUAUUUACCUCACAGAACCUGUGGAUGAACACUGCAUUCAGGCCUUUCCCAAAUUUGAUGGGAAGAGGUUCCAGAAUGUUGUCAAGGAAGGAAUGAAGUUUGAUAAAAGUGAGAAAACUAAGGAGAGUCAUGAAGCAGUUGAGAAAGAAUUUGAGCCUCUGCUCAAUUGGAUGAAAGAUAAAGCCCUUAAGGACAAAAUUGAGAAGGCUGUGGUGUCUCAGCACCUGACAGAAUCUCUGUGUGCUUUGGUGGCCAGCCAGUACGGACGGUCUGGCAACACGGAGAGAAUCAUGAAAGCACAAGCAUACCAAACGAGCAAGGACAGCUCUACAAAUUACUAUGCAAGUCAGAAGAAAACAUUUGAAAUUAAUCCCAGACACCCACUGAUCAGAGACAUGCUUUGAUGAAUUAAGGAAGGUGAAGAUG